AUGUCACUGUUCGUGGCAGACACCUACUUGCCAGCUGGUCAGCUUGUGCGUUUGGUGUUUUCCAAGGUGACUGGCAGAUUGCUGGAAUCCUGCGCCCGGGCGCUGCCGCCCCGCCCGGCUCCGAGCAGCGGCCGCUUUCGCCGCGGCGCCCUUGCCGCGGGCGCCGGCGCCGCUGGCGGCCUCCGGGCGGUGGCCUCCAUGGCGCUGGGAGCGCACCAGCUGAGCUUCACCAAGUCCGCGGACGAGAUCCGCCGCGGCCUCAAGGAGCUCACUGAGAGCUAUGAGCUGCGGAUCCAGAAGAUCCUGGAGGCCGCAACAGCUGGGGACAGCUCCUUCGGCGCCAGCUUCGGGCGCCUGGCGGAGGCGGACGGCCGCGCGGCGCUGCUCAGCGCGGAGCUGACGCUGCCGGCGCUGGUCAGCGGGGACGCCGCGGAGCGCCAGGCCUCGCAGGAGGCCAAGAAAGCGCUGCAGCAGAUGUGGUCAAAGACCUAUGCGCGGCCUGAGCUCUAUGAGGUGCUGGCUGCGCAAACCACGGCUAAGACAGCGGAGGAGGUGCGCCUGGCGUCGCUGCUCCUGGCCAAGUUCCGGCAGAGCGGGGCGCAGCUGGGCCCCGCGGCCCGCGCGGCCUUCGCGCGCCUCGAGGCCCAGAGCAGCAGCCUGGCCUCCCAGGCGGAGCAGAACAUCAACGAGGACUGCAGCUUCGUGGAUCUGGCGCCGGAGGAUUUGGAGGGCUGUUCCGAGAGCUUCGUGCAGAGCCUACCCACGGAGGCGGGGCUGAAGCGCUGCUCCCUGAAGGCGCCGGUGCUGGCGCCCAUCAUGCAGCGCGCCGUGCGCUCGGAGACGCGACGGCGCAUGAUGGAGGCCAGCCAGCAGCGGUGCAUGGACACCAACGGCCCCAUCCUGGAGGAGCUGGUGACGGCGCGGCACAACGCGGCGGUGCAGCUGGGGUUCAAGAGCCACGCGGAGCGGGUGCUCUCGGCCAAGAUGGCUGCAACCCCCGCAGCCGUGGAGAGCUUCUGCCGGGAGAUGCUGCAGCGCAUGCGCGCGGCCCGGGACCAGGAUCUCCGGCGCCUCGCGCAGAGGAAGCAGAAGGACUCAGAGCCGGGCCAGAAGCGGAAGGCGGAGGGGGAGCUGCACGCCUGGGACGUGUCGUACUACAGCGACCUGCUGAAGAGGGAGGAGCUCUCCCUGGACGACGAGAAGUUGAAGGAGUUCUUCCCCCUGGAGGGCACCAUCCAGCGGAUGCUGCAGGUCUACAGCGAGCUGCUGGGCCUCGGCUUCGAGCGAAGCGAGCUGCCCACGUGGCACCAGGAGGUCCUGGCCUUUGAGGUGAAGGACGGCUCCAAGGUGGUAGGGCACCUCUACCUGGAUCAGUUCCCUCGUGACGGCAAGUUCUCGCAUCAGAUGAUCGUGCCCCUCUCGCCUGCCUUUGUCAGUGAGAGCGGGGAGGAGUGCUUGCCGGCCUGCGUGAACAUCUCCAACCUCUCGCGCCCCGAGGGCUCCCGCCCGGCGCUGCUGCGCUUUGCCGAGAUGAAGACGCUCUUCCACGAGCUGGGCCACGUGGUGCACUGCCUCUGCACCCAGAGCCGCUUCAGCCUGCUGAGCUGGGCCUGGCCCAUGGUGCCCUGGCCCGGCGGCGUGGAGCAGGACUUUUUGGAGGUCCCCAGCAUGGCGCUGGAGAAGUUCGCCUGCGAGCCCCAGCUGCUGCAGCGGGUGGCCAGCCACUUCGAGGAUCCCCAGGCCCAGCUGGAGGAGUCCACCAUUCAGACCAUCAAGGACUUGGAGCGGUGGAUGGUAGGCAUCCAGGAGAGCCGCUACUUUGCCAUGUCCUUGUUCGACUUGAUGGUGCACUCACAGGCCCCGCCCUACUCCCUGGACGGGGAAGAGGGCCUCUCGCUGGCGGAGCUCUUCAGGCGAGUGAUGCAGCAGCAGACCUGCCUCCAGCAGCUGCCCGACACCAACUUCAGCUGCUCCUGGUAUCAUUUGUACAUCGGCUAUGACGCCGGCUUCUACGGCUACGGCUGGUCCGACGUCUUUGCCGCGGAUAUCUUCGAGACCAUGCGCGCAUCGAAGGAGGGGGCGCUGAGCGGGGCCACGGGCCAGGCGCUGCGUUCGGAGAUCCUGGCGCCCUGCGCCACGCGCUGCGGCCAGGAGAUGCUGCGCCGCUUCCUGGGCCGCGAGCCCUCCGUGGAGGCGUGGUGCCGCCUCAAGGGCGUCCAAUGA